GGUAUUUGUUCAUUUUAGUUCUCUGUACAAUUUACAUUAGUUAUUAUUAUUUUUUGGUUUUCUUUUUACAAUUAAUGUCUUACGUAUUUUUUAUACAAUAACUAUUCCUUCAAUUGAAGUAUUGUAGCGUAUUCAAUGUUUAAGCGUGUACACUUAAAUAAAUUCUCUUACCAUGUUGGACAGUUCUAAUUGUCUUGUAGUUUGUCGAAAAUAUUUCUCAAAUUUUGCGACAAUAGAAUGUCCAAAUUGUCCAAAAUGCCAAAUGAAAAAUCGACUAAUACAGAUUAACAAUUUAACUUCAUACCAUUAUAUAUAUAAUGAAACGUACUAUUGGAUCAUGUGUCGGUAGGCGGCUGAUCUUGUGGGCGAGACAUGCAAGUACAUCUAAAAAUAGUUCGAUUUUACUCCGUCCUCAAUUGGAUAUUAAUGGGAUUAUAGGUAAGCAAGACCAAUAUCAAGAAUCAAUUAUUCGAAGAAAGUUACCAACAGCUACAUUAGAUGAUCUACAAUUUGUCAUACAAAAUCGAAGAAAGCAAAUUGAACUAACCGAGCAAAUUAAUGUCUUGAAAAGUGAAAGAUCUAGUCUUGGAGAUCAGAUGCAGAAGGAGAAGAAACCAGAAAUCAUUGCCAGACUUGGUCAAAUUAAAGCAGAAUUAAAACCUUUGGAACUUGAGGCCAAGUUAUUAAUAGAAGAUAUUUAUACUAAAGCUGAGCUGUUACCUAAUCUUCUUGAUGAAAGUGUACCUAUUAAUCCAGAAGUUAAUGAUAUCACUAAUUUCAUUCAUUGUGAUUCAGAACAGGAUGCUCAAUCAAAGUUACCAAAACUCAAAUAUGAUCAUAAAGAUAUUGGAGAGAAACUCAAUCUUGUAGAAUUUGAAACUGCUUCGAGAAUAUCAGGAUCAUCAUGGUAUUAUUUGAUAGGUGAUGGAGCAUUAUUAGAGCAAGCAUUGAUUCAAUAUAGUUUAUCAAAAGCUCGUAAACGAGGUUAUAAGAUGAUUAUACCUCCAUCUAUAGUUAAAAGUGAAAUUAUACAUGCAUGUGGCUAUAGACCACAAGAUCAAAAUAAUGAAAAGCAAGUAUAUGAAUUAGAAGGUGAAGGAAAAUCUCUUACAGGAACUGCCGAAAUUCCUCUUGGAGCUUUACAUUCAUCAACAAUAUUUGAUGCUAAUACAGAUCUUCCUAUUAAGUAUGUGGGAAUUUCUAGAUCAUAUCGAGCAGAAGCAGGUUCUAGUGGUAGAGAUACUAAGGGACUUUACAGAGUUCAUGAAUUCACAAAAGUUGAAUUAUUCCAUUUUACUGAUAGUGCAAAUGCUGCAAAGGAAUUAGAAGAAAUCAAAGAUUUUCAAAUGGAAAUUAUAAGUGAACUUGGUCUUAAAGCAAAAGUUAUGAAUAUGGCCACAUCUGAUUUAGGAGCUCCAGCUAAAAAGAAGUAUGAUAUUGAAGCUUGGAUGCCUGGUAGAGGUAACUGGGGAGAACUUUCAAGUUGUUCUAAUUGUGGAGAAUAUCAGGCCAGAAGAUUGGGUAUAAGAAAGUAUAAUAAAGAUCAGAAAAUAGCUCAUAUAUCGACCCUCAAUGGAACAUGUAUGGCUAUUCCUCGAGUGAUUGUAGCUAUAAUUGAACAAUUCUAUAAUCCAGAAAGUGAAUCAAUUACCAUUCCAGAAGUGUUACGACCAUAUAUGGAUGACAAAACUGUCAUCACUAAGAAUUAAUUACAUAGACAACAUAUCAUUCUUGUAUAUAAUAUGCUA